UAUAUAUAUAUAUAUAUAUUUUUGUUUGGUCGGAUAAUCUCAUACAUCGAGGAACUCCAAUUGAAUCGAGCCGGCGCCGGAGAAAGAUGAAGAUCACCGUAAUGACAGCCGACGAACAAAUCGUCACGCUCGACAUCGAUCGAGACGAAUCUGUUGAGAACUUGAAAGCUCUCCUGGAGGUUGAGACAAGAGUGCCAUUGCAGCAACAACAAUUGCUUUAUAAUGGAAGUGAGAUGAGGAAUUCCGAUAAAUUGAGUGCUCUUGGUGUUGGUGAUGGAGAUUUGGUUAUGAUGAUUUCAAACGCAUCUUCUUCUCGUUCCAGAGCCGGAGCACCUGCGAACCAAGCUGUGGGCUUCAAUCCCGACGGUUCAGCUGUAAACCCCUCAGCUUUCCAACAGCAGUUGCGUAACGAUUCUAAUAUGAUGGCACAGCUAUUUCAGAGCGACCCUGAGUUGGCACAAGCUAUACUUGGAAACGAUCUCAACAAGUUGCAAGACCUUUUGCGUGCACGAAAUCGCCAAAGAUCUGAAUUAAAACGUCAACAAGAAGAGGAGAUGGCUUUGCUUUAUGCAGAUCCAUUUGAUGUGGAGGCACAAAAGAAAAUUGAAGCAGCCAUUCGCCAGAAAGGCAUUGAUGAGAACUGGGCCGCAGCCUUGGAAUACAACCCUGAAGCGUUUGCAAGAGUGGUAAUGUUGUACGUUGACAUGGAAGUUAACGGUAUUCCAUUGAAGGCCUUUGUUGACAGUGGAGCUCAGUCAACAAUUAUAUCUAAAACAUGUGCCGAACGUUUGGGAUUAUUGAGGCUUUUGGACACUCGGUACAAGGGUAUUGCUCAUGGAGUUGGCCAGUCAGAGAUUUUAGGUCGGAUACAUGUCGCCCCAAUCAAGAUUGGAAGUAUAUUUUACCCUUGUUCAUUCGUGGUUCUCGAUUCACCCAACAUGGAAUUUCUCUUUGGCCUAGAUAUGCUUCGCAAGCACCAAUGUAUUAUUGAUCUUAAAGAUAAUGUAUUGAGAGUUGGCGGAGGAGAGGUUGCCGUGCCUUUUCUGUCAGAAAAGGAUAUUCCAUCACGGUUUCUAGAUGAAGAGAAGUACGCCAAGGAAGCUUCCAGCUCUGGAGCACAAGCAACACCUGCAGCCAAAGAAAACAUUAGUACACCGGGGGCAACAUCUAGCACGAUUCCUUCCCAUGGAGCUGAUUUCGAGGCUAAAGUGGCGAAGCUAGUGGAGCUGGGAUUUGGAAGGGAACAAGUGAUUCAAGCUCUCAAGUUUUUCGAUGGCAAUGAAGAACAGGCUGCUGGAUUCCUUUUCGGCGGUUGAAAACGAUUUUUUUAAUUGUUUUUAAUUUAAUUUUCUUUGCGAUUUUUGUACACGAGAACUAAUAAUUUUAUUGAUUUUAAUUUAUAGAAAAUUGGAUAUGGCAGAAAUGUAUUCAUAAUUCGAAAUAUAAUUGAAUUAUCUUUUAUUAUUGCU